AUGAGGACUUACUCCUUCUUGACAGUUUUGCUUUGUGGCUGUAUGUUUCAUGCGGUUCAUAUGAUGCCAUCCCAAAAAAGAACUAACAAGAACUCACUCAGUGAAAGGAUAACAGGAUUGUCAGAGAAUGAUGGAAAAACACUGCACCGCACCAAGCGUGGUUGGAUGUGGAAUCAAUUUUUCUUGCUGGAGGAAUACACAGGUCCAGAUACUCAAUACGUGGGCAAGCUACACACUGACCAAGAUAAAGGAGAUGGAAAUUUAAAAUACAUAUUAACAGGAGAUGGGGCUGGCAGUCUAUUCAUUAUAGAUGAAAAUACAGGAGAUAUUCAUGCUGCAAAGAAAUUGGACAGAGAAGAAAAGUCCCUGUAUGUGCUACGUGCCAAAGCUAUAGACAGAAAAACUGGAAGACAAGUGGAGCCAGAGUCUGAAUUUAUCAUUAAAAUCCAUGAUAUCAAUGACAACGAACCAAAAUUCACCAAGGACAUGUACACCGCCAGUAUUCCAGAGAUGUCUGGAGUUGGUACAUCUGUUAUUCAAGUGACAGCCACAGAUGCUGAUGAUGCCAACUAUGGAAACAGUGCCAAAGUGGUGUACAGCAUCCUACAGGGACAGCCUUAUUUCUCAGUGGACCCAGAAACAGGCGUAAUCAAGACUGCUUUACCAGACAUGAGCAGAGAAAACAGGGAACAGUAUCAAGUAGUCAUCCAGGCCAAAGACAUGGGAGGCCAGAUGGGAGGACUAUCAGGGACCACCACCGUGAACAUCACACUGACUGAUGUCAAUGACAAUCCACCUCGCUUCCCCCAGAGCACCUACCAGUUCAGCUCUCCUGAGUCUGCACGACCUGGGACUCCUCUUGGCAGAAUUAAAGCCAAUGACCCUGAUGUGGGUGAAAACGCAGAGAUUGAGUAUAGCAUCUCCAAUGGGGAUGGAUCAGACAUGUUUGAUAUCACCACUGACAAGGACACACAGGAAGGGAUUAUAACUGUCAAAAAGCAUCUGGAUUUUGAAAACAAGAUGUUAUACACCUUAAGAGUGGAAGCAACAAACACUCAUCCUGAUCCUCGUUUUCUUCAUCUGGGGCCAUUUAAAGACACAGCUUUUGUCAAAAUUUCUGUGGAAGACAUAGACGAACCUCCAGUGUUCAGCAGACCCUGGUAUUUAAUAGAGGUAGAUGAAGAUGUCAAGGAAGGAAGCAUGAUCGGGCAAGUUGUAGCCCAAGAUCCAGAUAUAACAAAGAAUGCAAUAAAAUAUUCUGUGGAUCGACACACUGACCUUGACAGAAUAUUCAACAUCUAUUCAGGAAAUGGAUCCUUAUUCAUCUCAAAGCCACUUGACCGGGAAGAAACUCCUUGGUACAACAUCACUGUCAUAGCAACUGAAAUCAAUAAUCCUAAACAAAGUAGCCAGAUACCUGUCUUCAUCCGGAUUUUAGACAUAAAUGAUCACGCACCAGAAUUUGCCAAAUACUAUGAAACAUUUGUUUGUGAAAGUGCAAAAGCAGGACAGCUAAUACAGACUGUGAGUGCAGUUGACAAAGAUGAGCCUCCUCGAGGACACAAAUUUUUCUUUGAGUUGGUGCCAGAAUUUGCUGUUCAUCCAAACUUCUCCAUUGUAGACAACAAAGAUAACACAGUGGGAAUUAUGACUGGAAGAAAUGGUUACAGCCGUAGUAAGAUGGAUACCUAUCUCCUGCCAAUCAUAAUAUUUGACAAUGACUACCCAAUCCAGAGCAGCACUGGCACACUGACCAUUCGAGUCUGUGCCUGCGACAGCCGGGGGAACAUGCAGUCCUGCAAUGCUGAGGCCUUGCUCCUCCCUGCUGGGCUCAGCACAGGGGCACUGGUUGCCAUUCUCCUCUGCAUCAUUAUCCUGCUAG